GACUUCAGUCCCUCUUCUCAUCGCUAACUGAGGAUGUCCUGUCAGCAUCUGUGAGUUCAUGGGAAGUGGGAGGGCAGAGACUCCUGUCUGCUUGAUCCCUCAGAUUGUCCGAAGCAUCAGAGCUGGAAGGCGUUGGCUCCAGGCAGGGAGGAAAAGUAAAACCUGCAGAAGGAAAAAGAAAGAACGAGUUUAAAUCCAGAAAACCUGCUUCCACAGAAAGACCAUGACCUUCGACCACAACCACUCGCUGGACUUCCUGAACGGCACGCCGUGGUUCAUCUAUGAGUGCACCAUCGAGCUGGACGCCAACUACAGGCGCAUUGCCCUCUUCCUCAUCUACCUGUUCAUCUUCAUGGUGGGCCUGCUGGAGAACCUGCUGGUUGUCUGGGUCAACUGGCGGCGCCGCCACUCCGCCAGCGGGGUCCUCUUCUGCAUCAUCAACGUGAGCCUAUCGGACCUGAUGGUGAUCGUCAUCCAGCCGUUCUUCAUGAUGGAGGUGACCCUGGACAAGGUUUGGCUGUGGGGCAGCUUCCUCUGCAAGGUCACCAACCUCAUCUAUGUGGUCAACUUCUACAGCAGCUCCUUCUUCCUGGCCUUGAUGACCUUGGAGCGCUACCUGGCGCUGACCAGACCAUCGCUGCCCACCCUGCUUCCCGUCAUUGGCCGCCAGCGGUGGCUCAUCUGUGGGGGUCUGUGGCUGCUGUCGCUGUUUUUGGCCCUGUUGGAGAACGUCCAUGUGGAUAUCCUAGAGUGGGACGAACCGGGUUGCUACAUGCUGCCUGAGCACAACUUCACCGAGUGGUUCGUCUCCGUUGCCUUCCUCUGUACGAUCUUCCAGUUCCUCGGCCCGGCGGCCAUCAUCAUCACCUGCAACGUCUUGAUCGCCCGGGCGGUCAGGACCGCCCCGGACGUGGAGGGCCGGAGGGACGUCUGGUUGGUCCACGUAUAUUCGCUGGUGUUUGUCGUCUGCUGGUUGCCCUACCACCUGGUCAUGUUGCUGAUGAUCAUUGAUGAUCUCGACCCCUUCAUGUUCAGCUGCAACGUAGUGGAAGUCCUCUACUUCUCCUUCAUUGUGGUGCAGGGUCUCUCGCUUUUUCACUGCGUCGCCAAUCCGUUCCUCUACAACUUCCUUAGCAAGAGCUUUCGCCGCAACCUGAUCAACACCGUCAUAAGCUACAUCCCCAAGGACCAAAUGGCGGAUCAGCUGGAAGUGGGGCCGAAGCCCAAUACUCCCAAUGGGGGCAAAGAAGACCCAGGGAGGCAGAGGAAAAUGAGUAACGCGAGCACCAGCCAGUCUGACGUCGGGUCAUAAGGAAAAGAUCAUCAGGAAUCAGACAUUUUGAGUUAUUUCAGCAAAAUCUGGACUUUGGCGUAUAGCAGAGGUAACUAAUGGACACAACUUCCUCUCAUAUCCCACUUCCUGCUUAUUAUCCAUGCAUGAAUGUCAUCAGUUUUAAGUAGAGCAGGGCAGGAAAUAUUUGUUUUUCCUGCAAAGCUGCUCAGCUCCCACAGGACCUUGAGCCAAUGUCUGUAAUCUUUCAACACAAGAGGAAGAAUAGUGCCACACCAGGAAUGUGUGUAAACAACACAUCUGCAGAGUCAGACACCUUGUGAAAUUCUAAACUUAAAAACAAAAUACAGCUGUUUAUUUGCAGAUAAAAUCAUGGCAUACAUCACCAUAUGCUUAUUUAACAUUUCUGAUGUGGUAAUGAUCUGUGUAUAUGGAAUAAAAAACACUUUAAACAUUGA